AUGAAAUUAAUGAAAAUAUUAAAAAAAAUAUUUUUACUUUCUAUUAAAAAUGAUUCAUUUGUUCCAGUUCUUCGCUGUUUUCCUUCUUCUUCUUCUAAUAUUAUGUCUACAGGAUAUUUAAUGAAAACCGUUUUGCAGCAUAAUAUACUUAUACCUACCACAAUAAUUGGUUGUCGAAUUUCUGAUAUGAAAAACACUCAGUAUGCGUAUGUUUUACAACACCAACAUUUCUAUGGUACAACGAUGAAUUAA